GGUGGUCCACCUGGGAUGAGUACCACAGACGCCAAGGCCACUUGGGUGCUGCAAAGAUUUGCUCCAUCCUCCGUAGAGCUUUCUAUUGGCCCCAAAUGGAAAAAAAUGUGGCCGAGUGGACAUCUAGGUGUGAAAGAUGCGUCCGACGUAAGUCACACCCUGAAGGAAAAGCAGGACGACGCCCUACCAUCCGGAGGGCAAUGCCACCUGUGAACGCUGGAACCAGACCCUACUUAACAUGUUGGGUACCUUGGAAAUCGAGCAGCGUUCAAGAUGGGUCCAGCAUUUGCCGGAAUUGGUACAGGCCUAUAAUAACGCCACACAUGCUUCUACAGGCUAUACCCCCCAUUUCCUCAUGUAUGGGUGGAAUGCCCGCCUUCCAGUGGAGGUAACAUCUGGAGUGUGGAGGCCCACUACCAUGGUCACCACAGAACAAUGGGUCCAGCGUCAUCAUGAAAGACUGGCCCUGGCUUACCAAAAAGCGAGUGAAAAUCUUGCCAAGGCCUCCUCCAGAGACAAGGAGCGCUAUGACCGAAGGGCAAAGUCUCAGCCUUUUCUCCCUGGGGAGCGGGUGUUGGUACAUACAACUCGCCGCUAUGACCAAGGGAAACUCGCUGACAGAUGGGAACCACAUGUUUAUGUGGUAGUCAAGCAACCUGCCUCACCUGGGGGGCCAACAUAUCAGGUACGGCCAGAAGGUAAGGAGGGUCCCCUCCGAACCAUCCACCGCAAUAGGUUACGUCUGUGUACUUUCUAUAUCCCUGUCCAGGAAGAAACCCAACCUGCCAACGAUGAUGCCGGUGACUCCGUUGCAGACAUGGCAACUCAAUGGCUGAUGUUAGCCUCCCAGAGGAUGGUCCAUGACGCCAGAGAAGAUGAUCCUCGGGUUACUCCAGCCCGACGCUCAUGGAGGACAAACCUAGGCCAGCCACCAGAGCGCUAUGGCUGAUAUCAGGAGGCUUGCAAUGGUGUGAGGCUGUGGAAGAGUGGGUCCCUCUCCCCCCCCGAUUGAAGAUUGUGCUACCACUAUCUUAAAGUCCACCAGAGAUGCAUCCUUGUGAUUCGUGUAAAUAAAUAAUG